AAACAGAUAAACAACAUGCAGAGUGAAAACGCUUCGGUGCAAGAUAACAAAAAGAAAAUGAUUAAAAAUGAAGAAAUUCCAAAAUUGAGCAAUGAUGCAUCAAGAUCAUCGAUUAUUGAAUUAUUUCCUUGGAUUUUAAAAUUCAGACAAAUGUGCAAAUGUAUAUACACGUACAAAAGUAUGGCAUCUUUAACAGAACUUAUGCAAUUUUAUGUGAGAAAUGUAAGUGCUAGUGUGAAUGAAUGUUAUACAAAGCCUUUAAGAGCUGAAAAAUUAAAGGACUUUAUUAGCGAAACUUUGGUGUUAUUCUUAUAUAUUUAUCGGGAGCUUUCUGAGGAUCAAAAUAGAUUCAUUUAUUUAAGUAAUAUGUCAGACCUAUUAGCACUGUACAUAGACAUGGAGUUGAAGGCAUCUAGAAAAAGAAUAGAGGAUCGUGAUAAAAUUUGUGCAAGACUUACUUCUUGUCUCUAUGUUUAUCUAGACCAUUCAGUUGAGCAUUUAUUAGAUACUUUAAUGAAAAUACAAUUUAUGUGUCAGAGCUAUCAUGAUAUUUUGGACCCAGUAAUAACGAAAAUAAUGAAAAAUAUUCCUGCACACCCAGAAACAAGUAUCAUGUAUCUCCGUUAUUUUUUAAUUUAUUGCUUGUGGAGGAAAAUAAAUGAUGAUAUGGCUGUAAGAAAUCAAAUAACAGCUACUGCACUUGCAUCUCUGGGGCCACUGCCAUCUACAUUUUCACCAAGUAUAUUAGGAGAUGUAUUACCAAAAGUGCCAAAAAAUCAACAAAAUUCUACAGAAACUCUACUGCAGCACAAAUUUGAUAUAAAAAAACAUUGUGAAAUAUUUCUACAGUACUGCAGAAAAAGCAAUGGAAGUGAAUGCCAGAAGGACGGACCUGCACCUCUCACUGAUUCGUCCAGUAGUAUUAACUCAAAAAUGCCGGAAGAUAGCGCAGUUAAACACAUAGAGCAUGUAGAUAAUGUAAAUUCAGUAAUAUCAGAUAAAACUAAGCAAAACGAGUCUAUUUCUAUGCUAAAAUCUUUGAAAUUUCAUAAUUUGGAAGAAAAAACUAGUUUUAAAUGUUUAGGUAGUUUUUCGAAUAAUAUUUCAACAAAGCAAAUUAAUCCUAAUCUUAUUAAAUCAAAUAAAAAUUGUUCACAAAGAAAAUGUAAAAAGUCCAAUGAAAUUGUAAUAAUCGAUUUAACUAGCGAUGUAGUACUGGAAAAAUGUAUAAAGAAAAGAAAGUUGAGAAAAUUGCCGUGGUUAGAAGAGGCGAAGAAAAGGAUUGAUAUGAAGAUAGUGAAGUCAUCACAGAAGAUGAAGAAGAAAAAGAAGCACAACCAAGAGAAUGGAGAUCGUAUUCAGAAUCCACUGAAUAUGUUAAGGAGUUACCACACGAAAGAUACACUUCAACCAUCAAAUUGUGUGGAAAAAGUCGGUUCAAGGAACGAUUCAAAUACUUGCCAGUCGGCUGGCGUUAAAAGUAAUGAGAAUAACAUUGAGAUCAAUGCCGAGUUGGUAAAUUGUAAAGAGAAUACGAGAAAAUUAAACGGCGCCGAAGUCAAUAUUAAAGAAGUAAACGUGAAAGUCUCGCCGGGAACUGUUGCGCCAGUUUUAACAAAGAUUUUCUCAUCAAAAAAGCAAAUAUCAAAAAUAUCAGAUAUCGUUAUUAGUAAUAAUUAUUUAAAUAACGGCGAUGUUUCGAAUGUACAGAGCGACGAAAAAGAAAACGAUAGAUUUAAUAAACAGACUGUGAUUAAGCGACUGAUAGAAACAGACAUUUUCCCCGAGUCUGAAGCGUGCGAAAAAGUUGAAAGUUUUAAAAAAAUCUGUGAUCUAGAAACGGAACGGCCGGGUGUAAAUAAUACCGCUGUAUGUACUCAGUAUUAUUUGAAAGGGGAUCCCGUUAAAUCUAAUCGUUCUAAGUUUAAUGUAAUUACCGACGAAAUGACUGAGAAAGUUACAUUAUCGAUAAACGAGGAACACGAUCAGGAUAUUUCAAUUGACGAAACGUUACGCAAUGUUUGUUCUAGCGAAACAACAGGCUGUACUAAUAACAUAGUUAAUUUUGAAAUUAAGCAAAAAGAAUUUACAAAAGGUACGACUUUUACUAAAGCAGCAGAGACUUUUGAAAUCAAAGAUACGCAGCAAUUAUCGCGUGAAAAUUCAGUGACAGAAGAAAAGUUUGAACCGCAAACAGAAUUGAAAUCACUAAAAUCUGCGAACACAAUGGAUGAAUCGAAGAAGGAACGAUAUUGUGCGCAAAUAGAAUUAGAAAGUUAUAAUUAUGAGACGGACAAUGAUGUAACAGGAGAUAAAUCAAGCAUUGCUAAUAGUAGAGAAUCUAUUUUCGAAUCUUAUUCUAUAAAUAAAAAAGAUAUUUCUAAUACAAUUAAUGCAACGUGCCCGAGUGAAAAUUCUUGUAAAAAUUUUAAUAAAUCCGUUGAUAAGAAAGACGUUCCUGAAGAGAUGUCCCGCUCGUCAUCAGAGGUAACGUCGAAGAGAGAGUGUGACAAUUCAUACAAAGUAACAGAUCAGGUAAAUGUACGUAAUAGUAUCGAUAAUAAAUAUAAUAUCGUUCAAGAUUCCGAAUUACAAGAUAGUAUCGAUGGUCUGUCGUUGUUGGCUAGCGUUUCGCAACACGUGCCUCACUUAAAACCUGAAUCCGAGGUAAAGUGUGAACAAAUAAAGGUAAAAGAUUACGCAUCCUUGAAGUACACGUGUUACAAUCAAAUCACCGACGAUGAAACGGACACGAAUGAUUCUUCGAACACCGUGUCUCAGUUAUUGGAAAAUCCAUCCUCAGAAAUCAUCAACAGAAUCGUUGGUAUUUACCCGGAGGAUGAGUUAAACAAGGUACUUCACGUUGAAGUAGCGUCAAACGACACGGACGAUAAUAAAUUGUGCAAAAUAGCAUCUAAUUCUGAAGCAGAGGUAAAUUAUGAAACGGAAAUGUUAACGAAUAAUUUCGCUCCUACAGAGAACAAUACACAGGCCAUGAAAGAGAACACAAAUGUGAUACUUAACGGAGAGACUGUGGUUCUACUACAGAAAUCACCCAACAGCAAUUUGUACAUAAUAAACAAAGCUGUGGAGAAUUCAAAGGAUCACAUCAACGACGAAGACGGUGGUAAAUCGAAGGAAAAAUCUUGGGUAUCCUCGUCUGAAGAGUGUGGACAGUUCGAAGCCGUUACUUCCCUGGAUCAUGCAUCGUACAAUUUAGAAUUAACCUUGUACAAUAAAGAAUUACCAUACCAAGAGAACAAAUUCAGUUCAGUCGCGAGAGGCAAAGGAAUCAAGGUAGAGCUGGAGGACGGUAAUUUCUCAGAUACAAAAUCCUAUUCGCUAUCCACCGAAAUGCUCCCCGUCAAUUCCCAGAUGUAUCAGGAUGUAAAUGCAAUGAGCAAAUCGAUCGAUAAGCGGAAAUCCUCGAAUCUCGCGUACCGUCAGAAUAUUAAACAGGAGUAUAGCAACAUAUCCAAUCACAUCCCGUCGAACUGCGUCAUUCCGGGGUGCAAUAGAAUUCAUUCGCAUUCUCACGAUGUCGAUGCUCAACACCCUCUUCACAUACCCGCCACUCAUCCGACCACGUUGCCACAGAUUUAUGGUAAUUGCCCUGGAAACGCGGACUUGUGCGUACCGUAUCACAAACACUGCACCUCCGUAUCGUGCAACCUACAAAUCAACAACGCCACGUCCCUUUGCUCUCAUUCGAAAUCGAGCAGCCCGUGCGGAAGGUCGCGUUGCUCUUGUUUAAAUUGUACGUACGAUAUCGUCACGCAUUGUAGACAAUGUAUACAUCCGAGCGCGGAUACUCGCGUGUCUUGUAUCGAAAGUACUCCGUAUUUCUUGCCGGCCCAGUCGCCAGUACAAAGCCCUACCGUCCAGGAGCAUGAGAGAACGAAAAGCGAGACCGUGAUAGGGAAACGGUACGAUGAUCAGUUGUUGUGUAAAAUAGAGAAGAGCCUGUUGCAGAGUAACACGUUGGAGAAGCUCGAGGUGCAAUGCGACUCGAAGAAGGUAUUCAGAAAGGAGGCGGAUAACAAGUUGCCGUUGAAGAAGAGGUUGAAGGUGCACGCUAUGGCGUACGAGGAGAUGCCGAUUAAAGCCGAGAGGAUGGAUAAUUAUCCUGCUGUGCCUAUGAUGUCGAUAGCUGCUUUAGAAGCGUCAGAGAGUAGUCAGAAGAGAUCUGUUCUUAAGAGCGAAUACCAAUUGUUUUCCACUAGCAAGGAGGAUCCUCGUGAUGAAUAUCAUUGCGGUUCUGGCUUAGCGAGAAGAAGUUACUUAAAAGACUCUGCUACUCGUCAAAAUCUUACCAAAGAGAAUACGAAAAAGAUCGAACGUCAAUUUCGUUUGACAAACGAUCAGCCUGAUAGUACAUUGUGCCAAGAAUCUUGCCUACAACGGACAGUGAAAACGACAGUGGAGGGCAAAGAAAUCAAUUUGCCUGAUAUAACGUCGUUGAAAAGAUUCGAAAUGGAGUCGAUGGGGGAGGAGGGAACGUAUAAGAAGGCUAAAAAGACACCCUUAAGGCAAACGAGAAGUUCAAAGAGAAACGUUCCUAAGGUAAAUUAUUCUUACACCGAUGUUGAUCCAGAAUGGAAUCCGUCCGGUGAGUCAAAACGCAAACGUAAAAAGACUAGUCGAUGAUUGAUACCGCCUCGUUAUAACGAUUCCCUAUUGUAAGAAAUGUUUGCUCGGAAUUCUAAUUAAAAAACAAAAAGCAAGUGUACAUUAAUCUGAUAAGACUGGCAUUGUAAAAUUUGUAAAUAUUGUACAAACGGAGGUGAAUCGUCACGGGAAGAUUCGUGCGCGUAGUACAACUUCUGAAGAUCAACGUCAGUGAAGAUUUUUUGGAGGGACCUCGAUGCGUCAACCUGGAAGAUAUUUAGAGAUCAUAUAGAUCGUACAUGUGUUCACGUUAGAUUUUAUACAAAAGCUAUAAAAGAUCAUUUAAUGUUUAUAAAUUUAUUGUGUAUAAGACUGGGCAGUAUUAUACAUUCUUUUUCUAUUUUUUUUUUUUUUUUCUUUUUAAUUUGCUCACUUAUACUUAGUUUCUUAAUAAUUCUCAUUAAUUUAAUGAAUUUAAAAUUAUUUAAAAAUGAAUUUUAACUUUUAAAAGGACUAGAUUUUGUAUAUUCUGAAAUGAAUUACUUUUGUAUAUACGUAAUUCUGUACAUAUACGAUAUAGUAAUGCAAAGUAAUAACAUGCUGAAAUUUCAAUUUUAUCAAUAUUCUACUGAAGUUCUAUGAAUUAUGUAAAUUCAGAGAAAUAAGACAACCAGGCUGAUGAUAAAAUUAAAUGUUGCCAAACAAGACUUGAAUAGAUUAAAUUAUUCCCUCGUAUUCAAGGACUUCAAGAAAAUACAAACUCCACAGUGUCAAUAAACUUGCCAAAUUACAUAGAAGUAAUUGUACCCCCAUGCAGAAUGAGAUACGUCACAUUUCAUUUUUCGAUCUGUCCCCUUAAUAUCUAUACCAACAUAAUUUGUUAUAAGUACACAGAUAUGUAUCACAAUGCAGAUAACAUAACUAGUCAUCACUAAUUGUUUAGAAAUGAAAACUUUCAUUCUAUUUACACAAGAAACUACAACAGAAUAAUAGCUACUUAAAAAAAAAAUCAGAUUAAAAAAUUAAAAACAUUA